CAGGCCGUGACUGCCAGCUGCCUGGACGGGGGUCGCCUCACGGCCUUCAUGGAGCCGCGCUAACUGCUUCCCCUCCCCCACAACCUUUGACUUCCCCCUGCCCACCCUGCCCACCCUGCUCCCCCCCCGGGCAGGAGGCGGACCUGCUGCGGGAGCUGCUGGUCAGCCUACAGGACAUGUUUGGAGAGGUUGUGGAGCAGAACCUGCUGCCUCCCCUGCUGCACAAGCAGCAACACCCGCAGCAGCAGCAACAACAACACCCGCGGCACCACCCUCGCAGCAACAACCCCUCAGCCGCAGCUCCCUCCCCCUCCCCCUCCUCCGCCCCCUCCCCCUACACCGCGUGUCGGCAGCUGCUGGGCGAGCUGGCGGAUGGCGGCGGGCGGGCGGCUGCGGUGGCCUACCCCUCGGCGCUGCUGCAGUGCGUGGCUGCGGACACGGACAGCCUGCGGGACAUGUUCACCGCACAGAGCCCUCUACCAGCCUCCAGUCCGCCGCCGCAGCUGCUGCUGCCAUCCCGCCCGCCCCCACCUCCACCUCCCCCGCCUCCGCCCCCUCGGGCCACCAGGUGAGCCUGCUGGACCUGCUGCGGCUGCUGCGACAGCGCCGGCGCACCGACCCGGCGGCAGCGACCUUUGUGUCCGAGCAGCAGCGGCUGGCGGCCGGCAACGUCAUGCAGGUGUUGUUCGGGUUGCGGCCCGGGGAGAGGCUGGUCGCCUCCGCCGCCUGCUGGCUGGGGGCGCCGCCGCUGGUGGUGACACCAGCAGCAGCGGGGGCGGCGGCGGCGGCAGCAGCGGCAGCGGGAGGAGCCUCCUCAGGCAUAUCAUCAACACCAUCAACAGCUGCAGCUGCUGCUGCGGCGGCGGGCCUGACCGCGGGCGAUGUGUAUGGCUUGUUGUCGUACGGCAGUCGCAGCGAGGGGUGCUUGUACUGCACGGCACGGGUGCUGGCGUUCAGCACGCUGCUGGCGGGCGACGCGCGCGGGGCCACUGACGUCACCUUCAAGAUAUGGCUCAAGGACGUGCGGGAGGUGUCCCGGGGUGACUCUCCCGACCGGCUGCUGGUCGCCACAGCGGCGGGCGAGCUGUUCCAGUUCCAGGGAUUUGCGUUCGGGGAGCGAGACCGCAUCUGCGCACUGCUCAACGGUGACCCAGGGGUCGUUUCCACGCCGCCGCACGUCCUGGCAGCAAGCAGCAACGGCGGCGCAGUCAGCGGCGGCGGCGGCGGCAGCAAGCAGAGCUCACCGCGUGUCUCCGCGGCGGGAAGUGGAGGACCGGCGGGUAGGACCGCUGCUGCUGCUGCAAGUGGCGGUGGUGGUGGCAGCGGCGGCGGCUCUGCCACCCCUCCGGGUGUCCCCCCGGGCCUCCCCAGACCCCCAGGACGCACUGGGAGCUUUGGACCCAAUAGCUCUGCGGCGGCAGCGACGGCGGCGGCGAUUAGGGAGGCGUUUGGGUCGUCGGCGGCGGUUGCGGGCACCCCUCCGUCGCUGCUUUCCGCCGCAGCUGACAAGGCUGCUGCCACCGUGUCCUCCUCGACACCUGCCGGCCGCAAGGCGGGCCGUAACGUUGCCGCGGCGCUUGCAGCCGCGGAGGCGUCUGUCGUCUCGGCGGCGGCAACGGCGGCGGCUGCUGCUGGCCGUGGCGGCACCGGCAUCGCAGCUGCGAAUGAGGUUGCGGCCACGAUCCACCGAGCGGUUGCGACUGCCGCUGCCGCCACCGCCGCCACAGCCGCCGCUAGCAACCCCCGAGCAGCUGAAAGCGGUGCAUUGCCGCUUCUGUCCACCCCUUGCUUCCUGGUCAGCGUGCUCCGCAACAAGGAGGGCAUGCUGCACUUGUACGGCACCCGCUUGGACUUUGCCUGCCCGAGUGACCCAGGGGUCGGCCGGUCUAUUCCGUUGACGUCCAUUAACAACGUGAGCCAGCGUCCUGCGGGCUGGGGUGAGGGAAGCGGCAGUGUGCUAGCGCUGACGGUUGAAGGCGACCGGGCGCCUGUGGUGUUUGGAGGAAUCGGGGAUGCGCUGCUAGCAUCGCUGAAGGCAAACAUAUCUGAAUUAUGCUUUGCGUGCGGUUGAGGGAACGCAAGAUGGAGUUCAGGGUGUGGGCGGGAACGGAGGAUGCAGGGCGACGGGCGGCCCCUGGAUCCUACUGAGCUAGGGACUGCGUCGCAGCAAGAAUGGGAAAGCUUGCGGUACUAUUGCAGGAAGAGAAGCAUGGCGUGGGGCACGGCUGGGGGGGGAGCACCGAAGCGCAGAGCUGGGUAUGCAUGCUUCCUGCAUUGGUUCAACCCAACGACGGCCCGCUUACCUCGACGGAUUUCUCCGCUCACCACGGUUUUGCAGUAGGACGUUUGUGGGCUGUGUGCGACGAGUAGUGAGCGAGCCAGGGUACCGGCAGCUGGCUGUUGCCGGCGUGCAAGAAGAACAAGUACACGGCGGUGUUGACACUUGACCUGGCAAUGCCAUGCAGUCUCACGGUUUGAUCACUGGGGCUUCACUCGUCGUCCUACAAUGCUCGUAUGCAGCACAUUUGUACAUUUCAUAGCAUGUUAGCCAUGAUCUGGGAAUGCAGCUUGGCCACGAUUGCAUAGCUAUGAAUUCAAUGUGCAUGUGUCCUGGUAAAUACCUGGCUGUACGGCAUGCCAAUGCGGCCUGGAUCUGUCCGCACCGGACCGCCAUGCGAGCACCCCUCCCCAUGUGGUGUGCAUUAAGAACCGG